AAUUUUCCAACUCAGUCUGGUGCUAGAAAUCGGCGCGAACGGAUCUACCGGUGAUUUCCUAAUAAACUAAAGGAAAAAAAAGUUCGAUUAGGACGCUUUUCCCCUAAAAAAGUGUUGAUCACUUACCGGGAGUGAAUUUGGUGGUUUAGUGAAAUUUUGACAGUUCUUACAAACAUAUAAUUCAAAUACAAUGGCGCCUCGCAACAAGGAACAGGAACAGGAAGUCCUGAACUGGAUCUCGGAAGUGCUGGGCGAGAAACUCCCCCCGGGUGCCUACGAAGACGUGCUCCGCGAUGGUGUCGUCCUGUGCAAGCUGAUCAACAAGAUGGCCCCCGGUUCGGUGAAAAAGAUCCAGGAACGGGGCACCAACUUCCAGCUGAUGGAAAACAUCCAGCGGUUCCAGGCCGCCAUCAAGAAGUACGGCGUCCCGGAGGAGGAAAUCUUCCAGACCGCUGAUCUCUUCGAACGGCGCAACAUUCCCCAGGUGUCGCUGUGCCUGUACUCACUGGCCCGUAUUACCCAAAAGCACCCGGAAUACACCGGACCAAGCUUGGGACCCAAGAUGGCCGAUAAGAACGAACGUACCUUCACCGAGGAGCAGCUGCGAGCCAACGAGGGGCAGCUAAAUUUGCAGAUGGGCUUCAACAAGGGAGCGUCCCAGUCCGGACACGGAGGUUUCGGCAAUACGCGCCAUAUGUAAACAACAAAGAUGGCGGCGCUGCGGUCAUUCACCCAUCAUUCGUCGCCUACUGAGCGUUGCUGUCACUCAUCCUUCACUCAUCAGCACGCCGCUCAUUUCUUAUCGCAAUAUCGGUCAAAAUCUAUGUCACGCGCUUGCUACUUACAUACUAUCUGUCAUUAGGUGAGGUGUUUUCACUAAACCAUGAGGGAAGAAAAAGGCAAGAAAAAAUCCCAUGGCCUGCUUCAUCGUUAGUAUUUUAAAACAGUUUGAACGAAACAAAGGAAAAAGGUAUUUUUAAAACUAGCUCAUUUUGGGGUACAAAUCAGUCGUUGGAACAGCUCACAAAAAAAAAACGUUUCCAACCAAUUGCAAAUGAAAUCUUUUCUGCUCGCAUCAAGUAUUUAUUUUAUUUCACCCCACGAAUCUUCAAUCGAGAGAGAAAAAAAACGCAAAGAAAAGUGAUUAAAAAAAUCCAACCAACCUUGAUUCCUCGGUCCAAAAUCGUUGCCAGAAUCGCGCUUUCCACCGAAAAAAAAAACGCAAAACAAAACUCUGAGCAGCAACACGAAGAAAACUUUAUGGAGGGCAACGAUUUUUGCAGUCAUUGCUAUUUUUAGGGUUAACAUCGAAACAGCCAUCAGUCCGCUUUUACGAGUGUGUUCCCGCGCACAUAUAAACAUUUAUAGAUAUAAACGGUUCAAGUUUUUGCUACGAGAGCAACCGAAAAAAAAAUAACAACAAGUUACUGUUUUAGUUUUAGUUUCCCUUCGAGUGAAAUAUGACUUGAAUUCGAUGAAAAGGUGGAAGGUGGAAAUCUGUUUAAAAGUAAAUUUCGACUGCUUCUGGCGGUUUGCCGGUUAUAAUUAUAGUUAGGAGGGAUCAUCCAAAGCGAAAAUCACGAACGUGAAGAACCACCCACGCUCUAUGUUAUUACGAUCGGUGAUAUUUCGAAAGGGAAACUCACGUUAAAAAAAAAAACUAGUGAUCUAAUGAUGAGUGACAUUUCGUUUGCGUUUUCGAUUGGUUUGGAGAAAUUGGAAAUUGGCAUUGGAAACGAUUCCAUUUGCAAAUGUUGAUACACACUCACUCGCGCUGCUCUUGGUUU